AUGGAGUGGUCCACAGUACAUCACCUGGGGAACAUUCAAGAUAUCAAUCAUCGGAUAUGGGUCCUUCAGAACCAGACCCUCAUAGCAGUCCCCAGGAAGCAACACUAUGUUCCAGUCACUGUGACCUUAAUCACGUGCAAAUAUCUGGAGACUCUUGAGAAAAACAAAGGGAACCCCAUCUACCUGGGACUGAAGGAGCCAGAGCUUUGCCUGUUCUGUGCAAAGGUUGGGGAGAAGCCCACACUGCAGCUUAAGGAACAGAACAUAAUGGAUUUGUACAACCAACCUGAGCCUGUGAAGCCUUUUCUCUUCUACCACAACCAGAAUGGCAGUACGUCCACCUUCGAGUCCGCAGCCUUCCCUGGCUGGUUCAUCGCGGUCAGCUCCACGGGAGGCUCUCCUCUCAUUAUUACCCAAGAACUGGGCAAAGCCUCCACCACUGAAUUUGGAUUAACUCUAGUGGAUUAA